AUGCCGUCUGUGGACAAGCUCACGAUUACUUUCCUUGUCGACAAUUGCAUAGAAUGGCACCUGUUUCCUACUAAUGCCAGUCAUAGGAUGACCAAAUUGCCCCCUGGUUUUACCCAUGAACUCUCUCAGCACCUUCAACGGCAUCCACCCGUUGAUCAGGAUAAAGGCGUUCCUAUUCUCGAUUUCAACAAGUUUUGUUGUGGCGCCCAUGGUUUCUCUGCUCUCAUAGAAACAUUCACCGACGGAGACACGACUCCUCACCUGACGCUCUUUGAUACCGGCCCAGACUCUCAGUCGCUGGUUCGAAAUAUAACUGCAAUGCAAAUACCCGUCGAAAGCAUCGAGCGCGUCAUCACAUCACAUUGGCACAGCGACCACACGGGCGGCCUGCUUUCGUUUCUCGACUUGCGAAACCGCGCUGCUAAUGAAACGGUUUCUCAAACUCGGUGUAUCGUGGACGUCCAUCCCAAUCGUCCAAUUUUACGAGGCAUAGCCCCUGGCCCUUCGUUCGACAAAGUCAUAUGUGCCCUACCUCCUGAUCCAACUUUUGAAUUGAUAGAACAGGCUGGUGGGAUCGUGGAGAAGCAUUCGGAGGGACAUGCUGUUGCUGGUGGAACCGUCUGGGUGAGUGGCGAGAUUCCGAGAGUUACUGAGUUUGAGGCUGGCAUGCUGGGGGGCAUGAGGUGGGAAGAGGAGGGAACUGGCCCUGGAAAAUGGGUCAAAGAGCAGCAUAUCAUGGAUGAGAGGUAUGCUGCGAUAGAUGUGGCAGGCAAGGGUUUAGUCAUCUUCAGCGCCUGCUCACACGCUGGAAUUGUAAAUGUUAUAAAAGAUGCAAUGACCACGUUUAACCGACCAAUUCAUAUGGUCGUCGGUGGUCUGCACCUUGCAGGCUCAGAAUUCGGUCCUCGAGUGCCCUCCACCGUCAAAUUUCUAUCUGACAAGCUCAGACCUGCACCAACUUACAUUUUGCCAAUGCACUGCUCCGGAUUCCAAGCGAAAUUAGCAUUGGAAGCCGCCUUUGGUGAAGGAUGCGUCCCUGCUGGAGUUGGACUCAAAGUCGAGGUCAUAGGUAAUCGAGAAGACGACAAGAACUUGUUUCCUCCGACCUUAAAACAUGACUGAGCAUCCUGUUUUGGUUUCC